UCCUGGGAAUUGCUCGCCCUCCGUUCAGAGCAGCUGGUCACAUGAGCUUGAAUUUUCAGUUCAGUUCAUUAGUCAGCCAUUUUGGUCAACACCCUGCUUACUGCGCACAACCAAUCCUAUUAGAACUCAGCAUCCCGGCUCCUCUGAGCAGAUCCUGCAAGUGAUUUCUGCGAUUCAGGAUUUUUUAAGCUAAAUAGAAAAUAUUGGCUUAUUUUUUGUUAUUUUGGUUUGGGAUUUUUUUGCUUUUGUAUUUCUUUUUCUGCACAAAGAAGGAGGAUUUUUCACUUACUCAUACAGAGGCCAGUUUUUUAAAGCCAGCUAAGGUGGAAUCGGCUGUGCAGGAUUUCAAGCCUCUGGCUCAGCUGAAAAAGAAGGGGGUAGGGAAGGGAAGAUAAAAGGAGAGAAGCUGGAAGAAGACAAGCAUCAUCUUACUUUGCUAUGUGGUAGGAACUGUCUAUGAGAAAAGAUAGUAUAGAAUUGUUUAUCUUGAACAGUUGGUUCUUAAAUCAUAAGGUAUUUUUCCUUGUGUAUUUUUUUUUAACCUCCUCUACCCCUUUUCCUGAGAGCUUUGUUACAGAGCUUUGGAUUUGGGAUUUUUGUUGAGGAGGUUUUAUUUAUUUUUGUUGGGGGUGUGUGUGUGUGUGUGUUUGUGUGUGUGUGUGUUGUGGUCCCAGCUGAGUCAUCAUGUCUGCUCUGACGCCUCCGACCGACAUGCCAACCCCCACCACUGACAAGAUCACACAGGCUGCCAUGGAGACCAUCUACCUUUGCAAAUUCCGAGUGUCUAUGGAUGGAGAAUGGCUCUGCCUGCGAGAGCUGGAUGACAUCUCACUUACACCUGACCCAGAGCCUACCCAUGAAGACUCUUGGGAGGAUUUGACAGAUUUGGUGGAGCAAAUGCGCGAUGAUACAGAAGAUCCUAAUUAUCUCAUGGCUAACGAACGCAUGAACCUGAUGAACAUGGCCAAGCUGAGUAUCAAAGGCUUGAUUGAAUCUGCUCUGAACCUGGGGAGAACCCUGGACUCUGACUACGCACCUCUCCAGCAGUUCUUUGUUGUGAUGGAGCACUGCCUGAAACAUGGCUUGAAAGCUAAGAAAACUUUUCUUGGACAAAAUAAAUCCUUCUGGGGGCCUCUAGAACUGGUAGAAAAGCUUGUUCCAGAAGCUGCAGAGAUAACAGCAAGUGUUAAAGAUCUUCCAGGACUUAAGACACCGGUAGGCAGAGGAAGAGCCUGGCUUCGUUUGGCAUUAAUGCAGAAGAAACUUUCAGAAUAUAUGAAAGCUUUGAUCAAUAAGAAGGAACUUCUCAGUGAAUUCUAUGAACCCAAUGCCCUCAUGAUGGAAGAGGAAGGAGCCAUAAUUGCUGGUCUUUUGGUGGGUCUGAAUGUCAUUGAUGCCAAUUUCUGUAUGAAAGGAGAAGAUCUGGACUCUCAGGUUGGAGUUAUAGAUUUUUCAAUGUAUCUCAAGGAUGGGAACAGCAGUAAAGGUAGUGAAGGAGAUGGCCAGAUUACUGCAAUUCUGGAUCAGAAGAACUACGUAGAAGAACUCAACAGACAUCUGAAUGCUACUGUGAACAACCUUCAGGCAAAAGUGGAUGCAUUAGAAAAAUCCAACACUAAGCUGACAGAGGAGCUUGCAGUUGCAAACAACAGGAUUAUCACCUUGCAAGAAGAAAUGGAACGAGUUAAAGAGGAAAGCUCCUACAUACUGGAAUCUAAUCGGAAGGGUCCUAAGCCAGACAGAACUUCAGAAGGGCAAGCACUGAGUGAAGCAAGAAAGCACUUAAAGGAGGAGACACAACUACGACUGGAUGUUGAAAAAGAACUGGAGAUCCAGAUCAGCAUGAGGCAGGAGAUGGAACUGGCUAUGAAGAUGCUGGAGAAGGAUGUCUGUGAGAAGCAGGAUGCCCUGGUGUCUCUGCGGCAGCAGCUGGAUGACCUCAGGGCCCUUAAACAUGAACUUGCCUUUAAGCUGCAGAGUUCAGACUUAGGAGUGAAACAGAAAAGUGAACUAAACAGUCGCUUGGAAGAGAAGACUAAUCAGAUGGCUGCUACUAUUAAACAACUGGAACAAAGUGAAAAGGAUUUGGUGAAACAGGCAAAGACCUUAAAUAGUGCAGCAAAUAAACUGAUCCCAAAACAUCAUUAGGCAUUUUGCAGCUGGUCACCUCGCAAGUUGGAUGUCACAACUUAAUCGUAAAGGGAAGAAAUCAGAAAGUUAUUGCAUUUAUGCUCUGAUUCUAUAUAAAAUGUCACCAAAAAUUGACUUUGAAUUGGCUGGACUUAAAAAACAAAAGAAGUUUGAUAUAUAGGCUGUGUUUUUAUUUUUCCUUCUUCAUUUUCUCCCCAGAGUUAGAAAAUUCAGCAUAAAUUCUUCAUUAAAUGCCAAGUAAACUUUGAGAAAUUACUUCUGAGUUGCCCAAUAAAAUAAACACACCAUUAAAAAAAAUCCUAGGGAAUUGAAGCUCUGUACAUAUAUGAUCGAUGCUUUUACAACCCAGUCCCCGACAAUACCAGUUUUUAGGUGCGAUGUCUGUGUCCGUGAGCCUGUUCUGCCAUUGCGAUGUAAUGAGAGGUGACUACCGUUGGUCUCGGGCUCUGAAGUAGCUCUGUGUCUCUUAGGCCGUGACCCCUUUUCACUUUUGUUACCUAGGUUUAAUCCCCAAGCCAAGGACAAGUACUUAGUAUUUCACUACAGUUCUAUUCUCAGUAGCCAAGAUUGCUUGCAACUUUUUUGCCUUAGUGACUUUGGGGAAGGGGAAACAGCGUCCUUACAUUUCUUUAAAGUCAUAGGGAUAAAGUUAGUGGUUAGGUAACUUAUGAUAACACAAUAAUGUGGAACCUUGGGAAAGCCCUCUAAUGUUUGUCAUCUUCUACCUCUGCCAUCUUCCUGCAAUUCCACUUCCUGUUGAGGUAGCUCAGAGAGAACAAUUCUAAUUAAAAACACUCCUCUCCUAUUUAAAAAAAAAAAAAAGCUACACAUUUUUCAGAUCUAUCCUGCUUUUCCUUUUGGAGUAAAGACGACAAGGCAUAGACUUGAAUGAUGGCUUCCUGCCUCUCGUUUCUUGCCAGCUACAUUUAUUUAAGAGUUUCUGUUACUUUUUGUUCAUUUGGAGAUUUGCUCAAGUUUUUAGGAAAAUAACAGUCUAAUUACUAGAAAACCAUUUCAGAGUAGGAAAUUGAUAAACUUAUAUUCAUUAUUAUUAUUAUUUAGUCUAAAAAUAAAGAUUCCCAGUGGGUGUCCGUAGACAGUAAUUAGUGGGACUUUUAUUCCUAAGUGACCACAGAUCUAACCGUUUCCAGGCUUUACAUUGUAAUACUCCUAUAAAUACUUCGAUUUUUUUUAAUGACUUUUGAUUUAGGGGGGACAGUCUUUACAUAAGCCUAUAUUCCUUCAAAAAAUCUUGGCAAAAUUUUUUCCUUUUUUCUCAUUCUGAUAGGAUUUGCAGCAUUUCAGCUGCUUAGACGGGGUCAAAGAUAGCCCCUUUGCUUCCAGCUCUUGAAAUUCUUUACUGUCUUCUUGGAAAAACCAGAAUUAAGAGAGUAAGAUAGAUUUUAUGUGUGUUUUUCCAGGUCCUUGCAGACUUGACUUUGCAAAGAGCAUCUGACCAACCUCAUGGAAGAUCCUGUGCUUUUAAACUUAGUUAGCGCUUAUAAUUUUGCACCUAUUCUUACUUCAUCAACCUUCUAUGGUGGUGAGUUGCCUCUUCUAUAAGCAUUUGAAGGGUGUACUCAAACACCAAAAUAAAGUAUUUUAAUGAGUACACAUAGCAUGCUUCCAAAUUCUAUCAUAUAUAGGCCCAGACAUUUCACCUUCGAACAUGCUUCUUUACAGGUGCAAAGUUAUAGGAUAUGUAGGAGAAAACAUUCAUCAGAAUCUUCCACAGAGUCUGGGCAGGAAGCUUAGGCAGGCCCAGUGCUGAAUUGUUUGUCACACGCCACUCGGUAGAAAUGGAAAAGGAAAGAGAUGGCCAAACUCUGACAAAGGCUUUUCUUUAUGUAAAAAUUUGAAGCCUGAAUAAAGGUUGAUGUAUAAUGUCUGAUGAUUCAAUAUUAAUGUGUGAUUUAGGGAAGGGACCAGGAAAAUGUUAAAAAUGUUUUAAUUCCACCUGUAAGAAGGUAGUUGCCCAUUUGCAAGUUCCAGUUAUGAGUGUAAAAUAGAAAUAUAAAGUACCAAACAUAUUAGGAAAUAAAAACAAACAGAAAAGUGGAUUUGACUUUAAUUACUGUGUACUUGAGGUUGGCUUUGGAUAUGGAUUUUCUAAAAAGUGAUGUUUUAUUGUUUAUCAUCUAAUGGCUGUAAACCGUAGUACUAGAAUAAAAAAAAAAUGGAAAAUCAA